GGGACCGUCAACUGAUCAAGAUAAAUUCACAAGUGUGAAUAUCACUGAUUGUGAAUGGCUCCUAGACUCCGGUGCGUCAUACCACAUGACGGGAAAUACACAAGUCUUGACCCAGGUUGAGAAGUUGGCACCUAUUCCCGUAACUCUACCCGAUGGAAAUAUUAACCAUGCAACAUGUGUGAGACAAGACCUACCUACGAGGAUGCCGAUUGGAGUGGAUAAAUGGUGCGGGGGAGUAUACUAUUUUCACUUCCUUGACAAGCUGCGAGCUCAUUCCAUCAAGGGUGAUCGUUCAGGUGAUCUGUGGCAUUCAAGGCUGGGUCAUCCUUCCAAAAUAGUGUUACGUCUAGUUAGUGGCUUGAAUAAAUCUCCAUUUAUUUUUUAUUCGAAUAAAACGUGUAGUGAUGCAUGCAUGCGUGG